AAUGGCCGUGUCCAGUGCAGUCAGAAUGUUGUCAGUGGCUUGCCUGGUGGUGUCAGCAGCCGGGAUGCGCAGACUAGGUGACUGUUCUUCAAGUGCUGACUGCGGACCUGGCGCCUGCUGUACAAUAGCAGGCUUCAACCGCUAUAGCAUCCCGCAGUGUACCCCCCUUGGCGACCUGGGGGAUUGGUGUCGGGUCAUGAACCCCCCGCGGGAGCUCAGUCUCGCGUACCCCAACGGCCUUCAGGUUCUCCUAACGGACUCUUACCACGGAAUGUGCCCCUGCAGACCUGAGCUCGCCUGCUCCAGGGCCACGUCGACCUGCCAGUUGCCGCAGGAGAGCACGCAGCACCAGGAGGACAACUCGCUCUACAAAGAUUAAUCAGCUUCUCUUUAUACGAGCUUAGAGCUGGGCAGUCUUGAGUGAGCUCAAUCCACAGGGAAAGAUUUCUCUAAAGACAAAAUCCAAAAGGCUUGGCAGAAGACUCAAGUUCUUGCACACGGAGGCGAGUCCCCUUCUCGUGUCCUAAACCUCUAGUCAGAGGUUUUGUAUUGCAUAUCAGCUUCCUCUUCCGCGUUACUUUAUCUGUACCUGUUACUUGACUCUCGUGCUUAGAAUGUAGAUUUUGGUUUCGUUUGUGAGGAAGUUCACUGGAAUUAGGGGCUCUUGCCUCUCUCUGUGUCUAUUGCAUACGGGGUAGUCAUACUCAGCACAUAUGUAUGUGUAACAGAUGUGUCAGUGCAUGAAGUAUAGCCUCAAAUACCUAUGAUAUUUCAAGUAAAACUUUUCCAAAUGAGCGCGCCAAUGAAGCUAACACACGUUUUCUUGUUGCUGAACUGGUGUUGUUUUUUGGCGAGUUUAUUAUACCUGGGAAGCUGAGCUUAUUAAGUCAUUCAAAACCAUAGAUUUCUGUGACUCUGUUUUAUUGUUUAUAUUUAUAGAUGCAUUUAAGAACAGUUGCAGUACCUUGGAAGUUGAGCUUAUUAGGUAUCAUUCAAACUGCUUUCUAAUAGAGUUAUAUACGAAGUACAAAUGCAUAUUUAAAAAUGACAUUGGAAACAAGUGAUUAUUUUUUUGGUCGAUGUUUACUUGAACAACCCAUCAGUUGGAAUGUGCCAUGUUAUAUCUGACGUUGUGGGUUCUGAUGCAGAGGAACUGUGUUUAUGAAAAUACCAUAUAGCAUUCGUAGUAGCGAGAUAAAUGUUUUCCUAUUAUAUGUCAGCAUACUAAUAUUAUAUACUUUUGCUUUUUAUAAUAUUCCCAGCACUUGAAGCUGAGGAGGUACCAAAGAUAGCCUUCAUGGGCAUUUGACAGUGUAUUUAUGAAAUAAAGAAUAGCGACGUGA